UUCUCGUCCAUAUGAUACCAGGUUUCAAAUACUUGGCAUUUGCCUUUAUUGUUGUUCUUUUUGGUACUAGAAAUGGUCGAGUUCUAUUGACUCAACAUUGUUUAAAAUGGCUACGAAACAAUGUUACUUUGAUACCUUAUCCUAUUCGACGUCAUCUUUGUGCCUUUCUUUUCAAUAUGCCCACUUCUUUAGCUAGACUAUUACUCGAUUUUGCAAGUCAACCUCAAAAAGAUCAACUUGGAUGGAUUCUAAAAGUACAACCCUCACCAACACUAUCAGGUCACUGGAUCGCUCCUUCCAUGUCCAACCUGACUAUGGAAAGUCUCAAGGAAGCAGUACAUGGUUUUGAUAUAGUCAUCUUGUUUGCUCAUGGUGGCGGGUUUACUGUCGGCAACAGUGUCAUGUAUAUGCCUUCCUUUCAAUUCAUAUGGAAUAGGUUGAAACAAAAACAUGGUCUCUCUACAAGUAUUUUCUCGAUUGAAUAUCCUUUACCGCCCACUGGGCCUUAUCCAAAAGCAAAAGAAACCUGUUUGGAAGCUUAUCAAUAUCUUGUGCAUGAUCUAGGUAUUAGUCCUACAAAGAUUGUUUUAGUCGGGGACUCAGCAGGUGGGAAUUUGAUGAUUAACACCAUUCUCUCAGUUCGUGAUCAACGUACCAGUCGUUUACAAGAUUCAUUACCUCCUUUGCCAUUACCUAUAGGAUGUGUCUUGAUCUCACCAUGGGUUGCCCUUCAUUCUGGUUCACCAACAUACAAAAGCAGCAAAGGAUUUGAUGUUCUUACUGAAUGGCAAUUGGAUCGUCAUCUUUCUCUUUAUCUACCUGAUAUUCACGGUCUGGAUAGUAAAACCAAGGAACUCUUUCUACAUCAACCUGCCAUCUCAUCGGUUUAUGCAUCCUUUGACAAAAUCUUGACGCGUUUUUUGAUCACCUAUUCUGACCGUGAAGCCUUGCAAUACGACAUUCUUCGUUUCAUUCAAAAACUACAAGAUGACAAGGUACAAAUAGAUGUUCUCUCUCGAUCGGAUCAAGCUCAUAUUUGGGUAAUCGAACCUACUUUGGCCUCUUCUCGGGAUGUAUGGGAACAAGAUUUGGGAAAAGUGACGGAUUGGAUCGCUGAUUGUUGUUUAAUAUAGUUGAUGCUAUGUGUAAUUUUUCAUUUUGUUGUUUAGUUUUAUAUAUGGAUAUCUAUAUACCAAUAAAUUUGAUUUUUUUUUCUUUUUUUGAAGGUAAAAA